UUAUAAAUCCCGAAGAGGGCAUCAAUGUCGAAUACAAACCGGACUCGAACAAAAUGAACUAGAUCAACAUUUUACAAUUCUAGUUUCGCAUUACCACCUAUCCGACGCGUUCUGCUAGAAAGCUUAAUAAUCACUAGUCUACCAAUAACCGUUCUCUUCUAUUGACGUUAACCCCGGGGAGGUGGGCUUUACCUCUCGGAUGCCGGAGUCCCCAAGACGUCGCCUGAAAUAGCUGGUUAUCGAUGAUCUUGCCAAGCUGUAUUCUUCAUUGUCCAUUAAGCACAAGACGACCAAAGGAGAAAAGGGUCGAAGACAACCAUACCUGAGUAAAACUGUCGAUACCCCACUAUACAAACAACUUCACCUUUGCCGCAAAGGACAGGCUUGAGCUUAGCACCACACACCUUCUAAUAACGACUCCAAAACCUGCACAAACCAGCCAAGAACACUACCAACCAAGGAUCAAGUGACCUUCGAUCAGUACUGGGAUAUGUACUUUGGCCAACCAUGACACUGGAACGAGCAAGGAAAAACGACCUAGACUCGCAACACCGGUUGUCGUCUUUGAGAACCAAAGGCGAAAGGCUGUGACAAUAAGAGACAUCCCCUGGUGUCAACAGAGGAGAGCAAAAUGAAGUCCAGGAGAUCGAAACUCUGAGAAAGAAGCCGUCGCUGCUUCCUAGAGGUACCAGAACAGUGACAAGAUGGAGCUUCCGAAGAGAGGAGAGACAUCAGUUACUCAUCAAACAUGGCCAUAGACGACCAGAGUCCAAGCUAACCGAGGAACCCUCGCGAGACCCUAACCGAGCUGAGCACCACCACCUGCUGCAUACCACAACUCGCGGACUGCAUCCAGAUAACACCGGAACACUCUAGACUCAAACGAGGAGGAGACGACCCGCAUCGACACCGACGCAAGACCGUGAUUCCAACCGCCAGAGCCAAACGCCGCCUCCAAGAGAUAACUCCGCGACACCGCAAAGUAAAACCGGAGGAGCAUUUCAUCAGCCCCAAACUCGAGCGCUAAGACAACAGAGAGAGAUCUAAAAUUGGAAACGCGAUCUACUCUCAACCCUAAAAGCCGACCUCACCGAUAGAGACUACUCGUCACUGCCGCGUUAAGACACCAGAGCAUCUGAACCACCACCACCGACGACACUCCUCGCGAGCGGAGAUCUGGACGAGAUGGGGACAAUGAACCAGGGCCACCAACAAGACGGAAGCAGAGCAGGAACCACGGGGAAGCAAAACGAAGAUGAGACGAGGGAGAGGAAAGCCUCCGGCGCCGGUACGCGUGCUCACGCGCCGUCCGACGCCGGAGCAGAUUCAGAUUUGCUUUAUCGCAGAGAGAAGCCAUAAACAAAAAAUGGAUAAAAGAUGGAGUCUUCAAGGUACGACGGCUCUUGUAACUGGUGGAGGCAGCGGAAUCGGGCAUGCCAUAGUAGAGGAACUAGCCGGUUUCGGGUGUAAAGUUCAUGCAUGUGAUCUAUCCGAAACUCUGCUCAAACAAAGUUUAUGUGAAUGGGAGAAGAAAGGGUUUCAAGUGAGUGGUUCGGUCUGUGAUGUAUCAUCUCGUUCCGAGAGAGAAAACCUUAUGCAAACCGUCUCAAAGAUGUUCAACGGAAAGCUCAACAUUCUUGUGAACAACGUUGGCGCCGCUCGCGUAAAACCAACAAUUGAAUGUCUGGAAGAUGAUUUCUCGUUUCAUAUCUCAACAAACUUGGAGUCUGCUUAUCAUCUUAGCCAGCUUUCACAUCCUUUCCUAAAAGCUUCAGGAUCUGGAAGCAUUGUCUUCAUUUCUUCAUGUGCAGGGGUUGUUUCAAUUAAUUGUGGAAUAUCCAUCUAUAGUUUAACCAAAGGAGCUUUGAAUCAACUAGCAAGAAAUCUGGCUUGUGAAUGGGCCAAAGACGGAAUAAGAGCCAACGCCGUCGCUCCUAACUUUAUCAAUACUGCUCUGGCUCAACCUGUAAUAAAUGACACAUUCCAACUUUGUUUUCUUCUUUCCAAUUAUCAUCAUCAACUUCUCUCAUUCUUGUUUCUAAAUCUUGUGAAUAACCAGUUUCUUGAUGAUGCGGGUUUUAGCAAGAGUGUGUCCAGUAGAACUCCACUUGGUCGCCCUGGAGAACCAAAAGAGGUUGCAUCACUUGUGGCUUUCUUGUGUCUACCUGCAGCUUCAUAUAUUACUGGUCAGACCAUUUGUGUUGAUGGAGGUCUCACGGUGAAUGGCUUCUCCUAUCAACCACAGGCUUGAGCUGAGAUUUGCGUGUUGGUGAUGCAGCGUACAAGUCUAUUUUUCUUCUGGUGUUGGGGUUCUGUAUUAAGGUUGGCAGUGUAUUCGUGCUUUAGUUUAUGUUUUGUUUUUAACUUUACUUUUGAUCAUUAAUAAAAUCCAAAAUGAAGAAACUCAUGUAGUUUCCCAUCAUUAUUGACAUCCAAGUAGUUUGUAAUUGCUUCUAAGUUAAAGAAUGGAGAACCAAAAAAUAAAAAGCAGUCCCCAAAUAAUCAACAAUAACC